GAGGAGAAGAAGGGAGGGGCUCUUAACGGUGGAGGCUGGUUCUGCGCCGGAUCCGGGAGAGGGCCGGGCGCCAUUGUGCUUCUCUGCCGACUGCUCUGCCUCAGUUACGGGCCUAGAACUCCGAGGAGGAAGGUGGUGGUGUGGUCGCUGCGAGCAGGACGCACCCUGUUCAGUGCCAGCUCGGGAACAGGGGAAACCUCAAGAAUGGAGUCUAAACCUUCAAGGAUUCCAAGAAGAAUUUCUGUUCAACCCCCCAGCUCUUUAAGUGCUAGGAUGAUGUCUGGUAGCAGAGGAAAUAGUGUAAAUGAUACCUAUCACUCAAGAGACUCUUCAUUUAGACUGGAUUCUGAAUAUCAGUCUCCAUCAGCAUCUGCAUCACCAUUUCCAUCUGCAUGGUAUAGUGAAUCUGAGAUAACUCAGGGAGCACGAUCAAGAUCACAAAACCAGCAGCGGGAUCAUGAUUCAAAAAGACCUAAACUUUCCUGCACAAACUGUACAUCUGCCUCAGUUGGGAGAAAUAUUGGACAUGGUUUAAAUGCAGUAUCAGAUUCUUCAUGGAGACAUAAUCAAGUUCCCAGAUCUUCAUCAGUGGUACUUGGAUCAUUUGGAACUGACUUAAUGAGAGAGAGAAGAGAUUUAGAGAGAAGAGCAGAUUCUUCUAUUAGUAAUCUCAUGGAUUAUAGUCACCGAAGUGGUGAUUUCACAACUUCAUCAUAUGUUCAAGACAGAGUUCCUUCUUCAUAUUCACAGGGAGCAAGACCAAAAGAUAACUCAGUGAGCACUUUACAGUUGAAUACAUCAUCCACAAACCACCAGAUGCCUUCUGAACAUCAGACCAUACCAUGUUCUAGGGACUCUAGUAGACAUUCUCUAAGAUCAAAUUUUUCUCCAAGAGAAUUGGAAUCUCCCCAAAGCAGUACACAACCUGGAUUUUCUUACAUUUCAAAUAGAGAUGAAACCUCAACCAUAAGCAGUUCAGAUAGGGUUGGUUCAUCUCAAAGAUCAUUUCAAGAAUCUUCUGACAACGAAGGUAGACGUUCUACCAGGAGAUUGCUGUCACGUAUAGCUUCUAGUAUGUCAUCUACCUUUUUUUCGCGAAGAUCUAGCCAGGAUUCGUUGAAUACAAGAUCAUUGAGUUCUGACAGUUCUUAUGUGUCUCCAAGAAUCUUGACAGCUUCACAGUCUCGUAGCAAUGCAGCAUCAACUUCCGAUGUUCCUGAUAAUAGGGCAUCUGAAGCUUCUCAGGGAUUUCGAUUUCUUAGGCGAAGAUGGGGUUUGUCCUCUCUUAGCCAAAAUCAUAGCUCUGAGCCGGAUUCAGAAAAUUUUAACCAAGAACCUGAAGGUAGAAAUACAGGACCAUGGUUAUCUUCCUCACUUAGAAAUAGAUGCACACCUUUGUUUUCUCGAAGGAGACGAGAGGGACGAGAUGAAUCUUCAAGGAUACCUACCUCUGAUAUACCAUCUAGAUCUCAUCAUAUUUUUAGAAGAGAAUCAAAUGAAGUGGUUCACCUUGAAGCACAGAGUGAUCCCCUUGGGGCUACUGCCAACAGAUCACAAGCAUCUGCAGCUUCGAGUAAUGCUGCUGUGGGUGGUUCCACAUCAGAUUCAGCCCACAGUGGAAGAAAUACAGGAAUAACUGGGAUCCUUCCUGGUUCCUUAUUUCGAUUUGCAGUCCCCCCAGCACUUGGAAAUAAUUUGACCGACAAUGUCAUGAUUACUGUAGAUAUUAUUCCUUCAGGUUGGAGUUCAUCUGAUGGAAAAAGCGAUAAAACUAAAAGUGCACCUUCAAGAGACCCAGAAAGACUGCAGAAAAUAAAAGAGAGCCUCCUUUUAGAGGACUCUGAAGAAGAAGAAGGUGACUUAUGUAGAAUUUGUCAGAUGGCAGCUGCGUCAUCAUCUAACUUGCUGAUAGAGCCAUGCAAGUGCACAGGAAGUUUGCAGUAUGUCCACCAAGAGUGUAUGAAAAAGUGGUUACAGGCCAAAAUUAACUCUGGUUCUUCAUUAGAGGCUGUAACCACCUGUGAACUGUGUAAAGAGAAGUUGCAGCUUAACCUGGAGGAUUUUGAUAUUCAUGAACUACAUAGAGCUCAUGCAAAUGAACAAGCUGAGUAUGAGUUUAUCAGCUCUGGUCUCUACCUAGUUGUGUUAUUGCACUUGUGCGAACAAAGCUUUUCUGAUAUGAUGGGAAAUACAAAUGAACCAAGCACACGUGUCCGAUUUAUUAACCUUGCAAGAACUCUUCAGGCACAUAUGGAAGAUCUCGAAAGUAGGUGGAAUUUCCCCUUCCCAGACUUGUUGAAUUUACUUUUGCAAAUUAAACCCACAGAGCAAAACCUAACUGUAUAUUCUUUCUACCAAAUUAGAGCUUCAUUUAUAGGCUUAAUAAUAACAAAAUAAUUGACUUGGGAAAGAUGGGUUGGGCAACUGACAGUUUUUUUAAAGCAUAUUUUUUUUUUAAAAAUUCUAUUUUAAGGUACAGAGGGUGUAUUUAAAGUAUUUCAUUUUAAAUAAAAUUUUAUUUUUGAACACCUUAAUUUUAAAACUUUUAAUCAAAAAGAACACAUUUACUGCUCAAAUCACACUUCUAAAUCAGAUUCGUGUGUGUGUGUCCAUGAAAUUUUGCUUGUUACUCAGCUUUGUCAGAUCAUUAAAGGUUUUCCCUGGGUUUGUUAAUAAUUCUAGGAAAAUAGGGGUGAAAGAUUCCUAAUUCUGAGUCUACAACAGAAGCCAUAGUGUUUUUUUUGCUCCUUGUUCAGGUCCUCAUGGACCUUUAAUAGGCAGCCAGCUCCGCCAGCAGCUCCAAUCUCUUAAGAUCACGUUCCAGCAUUAGGACUUCUGCCUGGGCUCCUAUGUGAAGGCACUUAAUGCCCAAAUCUUUACAGGCAUCUGCACAGCUUAACCUCAAAGUCCUACAACCUCCAGGGUGCUUCGUAUCAGGUGGGCACAGAUAUUGGUGGCUCUGAAACAGUUCCUGGGAAUCCAGGAUUACCCUACCUGUUGUACUUUUUCUCCUAAAGCAACUGGCUCCCCAUGAUCAGAUUCCAUUACACUCUGAAGUGUUUUAAAAUAUGAUUCUCCACUUAAGAUUAUCUUCUGUACUCCUCUUCAAAAUACUUGGAGUGUUAUCUGUAGAGUGUGUAAUGUUUUUACCUUUAGGGAGAGCUCAGCAUCCUUUGAAGUAAAGUUUGAGAGGGAUUUGGUUUUCAUGGGAACCUUUUAAUGUCUUGAAUAUUCUAAAACAUGGAUUUUUGUCAUUAAGUUUAUACUAUUUUUAAGUUUUGAGAGGAUUAGAGGUGUUAUACAACUAGAUAAUGCAUUUUCACAUUUCAGUAUGUGUGAAAAUGGUAUAUAAAGGACUGAGUGGUAUACAAAAUGGGAAUUCAUUUGGUAUAAAUAUUUUUUCUUUUAUACCUUCUUAGUUCGGAUCCCUUGUGUUGUCUAACACAGAGAUCUCUUUUUUGGUAAAUUAUGAUUUAUACUUUGCCAGAUGAGAUGAUAGUAAUUUGUUUCACUGUAUAUUUUUCCCAGAUUGCUUGUUUUUUUUGUUUUGUUUUGUUUUUAAACAUUCUCAUUUAGAAUUUAGUUUCCUAAACAUAGCAGUGUCUACUCCCAACAUGUGAGAAAGAUGGAGGUGAAAUAUGCCCAAACUCAGCUGUGAGUGAAAGAUGUGGGUGCUGCAAGCUUACUCCUAAGUACCAGAGUUUUCAUAUGUUCUAAGACUAAGAGUUGCUUCUGACUGAAUUUUCUUCUCCUGUGGAGUUAACCAAAUAGAAAACAUGAGAAGUUCCCUGAAUAGCUGUUUUAUUUUUUAGUUUGAUAUUUCUCCAUGAUACAACAUGAAACUUAGCCAUAGGAUUUACUCAUUCAUGAGCUAAGUAUAUGCUUGAUGCCAUUUAUUAAAAAUGGAUUUAAGAUUCUGCUAGACAGAAAUGUGUAAACUUACGUUUCAUCCAUACAUGUAGCAUACUUUUUUUUGUUGAUUCCAUUUGCUGGGUGCUCUUAAAUACUGGGUCCAGUAUUAAUACAGGAAGAGUAUACAUUUAACCGUUUUGCCCUUGAUAAUAGGGGAAAUGCUGGUUGGGUGUUUAUUUUAGUGAACUUCCAUUUUCCUCAACACACAGAACAGUUUAUAGAAUACAUAGUUUUUUUUUACUUAUGUCCUUCCUAUUGACAUUACAGGAUGUGUAUUCUAAACUUCUGGGCUACUUUAAUAAUAAAUUGAUGUCAGAAAUAUUGCAAAAGUGAUGUUUCUGACAACGUGGAGGCACAGGAAUAAUCUCAGCAAAAGGUUUUUAUUGAAUCCGAUUAGUUUAACUUCGGCUGUGUCUAUAUAAAGCAUUUUUGACUAAAUAGAGCUUGUCUUGGCAUUGUAUAGACAUAGCUUUGAUGUAAAUUUCAAGAACACCCAUAACCUAUUCUGUGUACAUUUUUUUUCAUUCUCAUCGGAUGCAUCAAACAUGCAGCAGUAAUAAACCAGAUUCUACUCAGGUGUGUGAGAGCACUUGCCAUAAGUUCAUUUUUUCUCUAGUGUCUACAUCAUUAGCUACUAUGAACACAGAUUGAUCUCAGCUUUUUAGAAGACGUUUCUUGAAGCACAUUUUUAAGCAUUUUCAUUUUUAUAAAAACUAACCUAACAAAAAGAUGUGGGGGUGGGAGCAUUGUGGAUGGGCAUCACCCACAGUCAGACCACCCUAACCCUGUCAUAACUUACCAUUAUGACCAAACAGUAUACUAAAUUGGGAUUUUUAUUUUACAAGUCAUUGCUAUAUUCUGGCUUCAUAUUUACCCUUCCAUUCUCAUCCCUCUUAAAAUCAUUCUUGAUCAUCCUGUUUUCUUUCAACAGCUUCAGAGGAUGAUUCCGAAGAAGAUGGAGACCAUAACAGAACAUUUGAUAUUGCCUAACUUCAUAUAAGACAAAUGGAUGAUCUGUGAACAAGUGUUUAUUAAAACUGGCAAUUAAGUGUGAAUUAAUUUUGUGGGGGAAUGCCUACUGAAUACAUUGACUAUAUAUACAUAUAUAUAUAUGAUGAAUAUAUAUAUAUAUAAUGAGUAUAUAUAUAUAUAUACACACACACACACGGAUGUCCUGUAUAUAUAUAUAUAUAUAUAUAUAUUCAUUCUCUAGUAUUGCUGAAUUAAAAUUCUGCUGGACCUUUUAACAUGGCCAGUGUGAAUCUGAUGUUUAUGAACUGGUAAUCAAAAAGUAUUUUUCUUUUAGGUGAGUGGGAAAGCGUUACCCUUGUUUUAGAUAUCUAAGCAAAGCUGACGACUCUUUUUUGUGUUCUGAUUACUGUAGUCAUAUUUAUGAAAAAUGGUUCAUGUUUUAGUCUCUUGAUAGUGAAAAAAGUGGGACAAAAUAUGCUUUUGAAAUAAAAUGGCAAAUGGCACCUAAUUAUUUUUCCUUUCAAAAUGCCUUACGUUGCAGUCUCAUUUUCAUAAUCAUUUGCUUCCAGUGUUUCUAAAAAAUCAAUUGGGGAGUAAGUUAUGAAAGCAUUAUAUUAGGUUUCCAAAUUUAAUAUGAGUUCCAGAUUCACUUAGCAAUAAAAUCUAAUUUUUAAAAAGUAUAUAAAUAUAAAAUGUAUAAAUGAUGGAUAAAUUUUUGUAUUGAUUUGCAAAAUGCAGAUUAUAUUUGAUAGGCCAUAGUAUGUAGAUAUUCCUUUUAGGAAUAUUACAGCUGUAAACUAUAUCAGAAUUGCCCAUCAAACGCUAUUUGGGAAAAAAAAUUAUUGCAAUCUCAAGUUAACGGAAUAUUUUUAAAUCCCACAUUUAAAGUUUAAAACACUGGUUUUCAAUGUGUUUUUUAGUGUUGUCACUUCUUUAUAGAUAAAUAUGGUAUAAAUAACCUGUUUGGAUUCUGGUCGUUUUUAACUGUUCUUGGUAAUUCUGAGCAUUUGUUUAGUGACUUAAUAUUUUUCACUACUUUUGGAGAACAGAUUAACAUUACCUAUUCACCAUGAACAGAUCUACACUGUGGUCAUGAGUUGUGUAUACUUUCAUAACACUGUAUAUUUCCUCUGUCAACACCCUUAUGAUACACUUUUAAACACCUUCAGGUGUUUUCAGAUUAAAUAAAGUCUUGUGUUAUGGCAACAAACUACAUUUUCAGAAGCUAAGUAGAAACCAUGUAAUUUCUCAGAUGUGAAUCAGCAGUUUGCCCACACAGUUUGUUGGUCUUCAUGUAAAACCUUGGCUGGAAAUAAAGUGCAUACUGAUUGAUUUGCUUUAUAGUU